AUGGUUGGAUCGCCACCUAGCGCAGGCGACCCUAUGGAGGAAGAGGGAGGUGAACAGCCCGUAGCAGUAGCUGGAGCGAAGAGGGAGGUUCACAUUUUUUGUGAGCAUUGUGUGGGGAUCGUGAUUGGGUAUCAGCGAAAUAAGUACUUAUGUAGAAAAAAACGAUCAUAUCUUAUGCGGCGAACAGAUUUGAUGUAGAUACGGAUUGCUCCCAUAGCUAGGAGGUCAUGCUCCUCGGUCUAUUCGCAUUUCAUCAAAACAUCCUUCCACGGUUCCGUCUCCCACGUAGCUCUAAAAAAUUUCACUUCAGGGUUCCGUCUCCCACGUAGCUAUGACGUUGGGGUUUUUUGAAAGGAGAGUGGUCGCCGAAAACUGUCCCCUCUGGAGAAAAUCGGCACCCAAGAUAAUAUGCGCAAUUCAUGGCUCCGCAGACCUCAAGGUUUGCGAAAUGAAGAAAGACCUUGUGACCAAAUCUUAUGGCCGAAGACGAAAGCAUGAUGUUGGCAAUAUGUGGCAAGGAAUAAUUGAAAUUUGGAACAACAGGACUCAUACAUAGCUCAAAACUUCUUCGUAUCCAUCAAAGUGAAGUCCUCCACCACGACUACAGAAUUAUUAUUCGUUUUUAAUACAAGUAGAGAGCUUCUUGCAGCAGCUCUAAAAACUCUUAGCUCCAUUCGCGAAAAUAUCCCUGCCUUCUCCGAGUUCGAAAAUACACCAGUUGGAAGCUUGGGGAUCCAGUUUAUGGCGCAGUUGUAUAGAAGAAGAAGAGGACGAAGACGAAGAGACCUUUUAGUGCUCACUCCUAGUAUAAAAAUGAAGGUCGCCAGGAACACUCUUAUGCCAUGUGUGAAGAGGAGCAGAAGCUCAAAAAAAUGAGCACUCUGUCCAGGCAGGAAUGGAGGGCCG